AUGGAUACACAGGAUGUGGCAGAGCUCUGUUUUCCACAACUCUUCAACACCUCCUGCAAGAAACCUAUAACUCCUCUGUCAGAAUUUGUGUUCCUUCAUGUUGUGUUGUCCUCCAUCUCGCUGCUAACUGUGACUCUCAACCUGCUCGUCAUCAUCUCAGUCUCCCACUACAGGCAGCUUCACACACCCACUAACAUCCUCCUCCUCUCUCUGGCUGUCUCAGACUUUCUUGUUGGUCUCCUGUUGAUGCCUGGAGAAAUCCUCAGAAAUACAGCCUGCUGGUUUCUCGGUGACCUCACCUGUUCUAUGUACAAUUAUAUGUCUUUCAUUGUUACCUCUACCUCAGUGGGAGACAUGGUGCUAAUAUCAAUUGACCGCUAUUUGGCUAUUUGUGACCCUCUGCAUUACCCCACCAGAAUCACAGACAGAAGAGUGAAACUCUCUAUCUGUCUGUGUUGGCUCUCUUCUGUCUUCUAUAGCAGCCUGUUUGUAAAGGAUGAUCUAACUCAACCAGGGAAGCAUAAUUCCUGCUAUGGAGAAUGUACAAUUGUUGUUGACUUAAUUACAGGAAUUAUUGACCUUCUUUUAACCUUUUUUGUUCCAGUUACUGUCAUUGUAGUUCUGUAUCUGAGAGUAUUUGUGGUGGCUGUGUCUCAGGCUCGUGCCAUGCGCUCUCAUGUUACAGCUACUGCUCUGCAGCUUUCAGUGACUCUAACAACAAAGAAAUCAGAGUUAAAAGCAGCCAGGACUCUGGGUGUUCUUGUAGUUGUGUUUCUACUGUGUUUCUGUCCAUAUUAUUAUUGUGUUACUCUUGCCAGGGAUGACCCACUCAAUAGCUCAUCUGUAUCCUUUGUGCUCUAUCUGUUCUAUUUUAACUCCUGUCUAAACCCUUUGAUCUAUGCACUGUUCUACCCCUGGUUUAGAAAAGCUGUGAAACUCAUAAUCUCUUUACACAUACUGCAGCCUGGCUCCUGUGAGAUUAGCAUUUUGUAA